AUGUCGAUCACGUCGUACAACAUCACGUCGUACAACGGCGGCGCGGUCGUCGCGAUGAAGGGCGACAAGUGCGUGGCGAUCGCGUGCGACCGGCGCUUCGGCGUGCAGCUGCAGACGCUGGCGACGGACUUCAACCGCGUCUUCCAGAUGCACCCGCGCCUCUUCCUCGGCCUCGCUGGCUUGGACGCUGUGAGUGCUGUGCAUGGGUCCGAUGGGUUAUGCGGAUGGGGGAUGCAGGGGGGCUUCAACCGCGUCUUCCAGAUUCAUCCCCGCCUCCUCCUCGGCCUCGCUGGCCUGGGCACGGACGUGCAGACGCUCAAGCAGCGCCUGGAGUUUCGCCACAAGCUGUUCGCGCUGAGGGAGGACCGAGUCAUGCCACCCGCCACUCUCCUGUUCUGCACUUCCAAUCAUCACACCCUCGUCUCAACCUCCCUCCCCCCUUUCCUUCCCCCCCAUCCCCCACCCCACCGCCACAGCAAGCAGCGUCUGGAGUUUCGCCACAAGCUGUUCGCGCUGAGGGAGGACCGAGUCAUGCCGCCCGCCACCUUCGCCCACCUCGUCAGCUCCAUCCUCUACGAGCGCAGGUUCGGGCCGUACUUCAUCGAGCCUGUGAUUGCAGGUCUGGAGGAUGAUGGCACGCCCUUCAUCUGCGCCACUGACCUCAUUGUAAGUGCUGCUGCUCUCUUUCAGUUCACUACCUUCCCUUCUGCAAUCUCCCCUUCCAGUGCCUUCCCUGCUGCUUCCGUCCCCCACUCCCCCUCCCUUUACUUGACCACAUCGAUGCGUAGUGAGUGCGGUGCCACUGACCUCACUCUCAAUCUUAUCACGAAAACGACUCUUGAACAAACACCCUCUCUUCUUCCUCUCCCCCACCCUCCCUCCUUUCUCCACCGCCUUCCUACCGCCCACCAACCCCUUUCCGCCCUCCACCCCCCCUUCCCCACCCGCCUCCCCAACCCCCUCCUAGCUCCCCCCUCCCUCCUUCCCCCCUCCCUUGACCCUCCACCCCCUUCCCACCGCCGCUCCACCCCGCAAAGUGGAUUGUUCGGAGUUUGGAGUGGCAGGGACGGCGGACGAGUCAGACCGACUCACAAUGAGGAGUGCCCCGAGUUUGGCGUGGCAGGCACGGCGGACGAGUCGCUGUUUGGGGCGUGCGAGUCGUACUGGCAGCCGGGGCUGCAGCCGGAGGAGCUGUUUGAAACCAUCUCGCAGGCGCUGCUCGCUGCUGUGGAUCGGGAUGCUCUCAGUGGAUGGGGGGCUACUGUCCAUGUCAUGUGA